AUGGUCGGGUGGAGAAAGGCGUGGCUGUCGGUGCGGGACCGGGCCGCCGCCGGCGGCAGCACCGGCUCACUGCAGGCGCACCUGCAGGGCUUCCUCCACUUCCCGUCCUUCCUCGCCAACUACAAGCGGGGCGGUAAGUACGGGAACGGCCACGUGAGCGGCAAGGCGGUGGCGGCCUGCUUCGCCGUCGCGCUCGCGCUCGCGCUCGCCUUCUUCUACGCCUCGGUCACCAGCGGGCCCGCCGACGACGGCUCCUUCCCUUCCCCGGCCGCCGCUUCCUCCUCCGCGCUUCUCUUGCCGUGGCUGUCGUGGAACUCGCCGUCGUCGACGUCGCCGAAGAAAUCGCUUCCAACACACCCUCCUCCCGUUCCUCCUCCUGCCGUCACUGCGGGCGGCGCUGAUUAUCACCCGACCGACGCGCGCAACCGCAACGCAACCGUGGUGUCGCGUCGCGUGCAGACCGGUGCGGUGGGGGACUCGUCGGGUUCGGAGGUCGGCUUGGGGCAAGCGACGUCGGCGCCCCGUCAGACGGGCAGCGCGCAGGGUCUCCCCCUGCAGGACGCCGGGAACGCCACCGUGGGUUCCGACGCCGAACCCACCAGUAACAGUAACCGCACCAGAGAAGAUGAACCGCAAGUGGAAACCACGACGCCGAUGCUGCAGUGGGGAAGGACAGGCGGAGACGGUCGUCCUUCCCACGACGCCGUCGUCGCUGGUGCUGCCGGUCGGCAAGCGGCGACGAACGCUGACGUUGCCACCGGCAACUCCAGAUACACAGGGACAUCGAGCAGAGAAGAAACAGCCAAGAACGCCGCCGCUGGCUACGUCCAGAACGUGGCACGGCGAGCGGCUCUGCCAUCACGACCGGAGCGGAAGUUGGAAAGACACAGGCGCAGGAGAGCCGUGAGGCACAGGCACCCGAGGCGACGGAAGGAGAUCAUGCUCUCGGCGCAAGAUCUCGUUGUCGCUGCCGAGCGGAGCCACGAGGAGAUGGCUGGCGUCAAAACCAGCUUCGCCGUCGGGGCAGGCAAUGACGUGGUUGGCGUGAACACCAGCAUCGCCGUCGGGCCAGGAAAUGACCUGGCCGCAGGCGUGAACGCCAGGCCGGGCAUGGUCGGGGGCGGCAACAACCGUGUCGUGUGGACGUCCGGCGUGCAAGACCUGGUUUCCUUCGCCAAGUGCGACGUGUUCAGCGGGAGGUGGGUGAGGGACGAGAGCUACGGGUUCUACCCGCCCAAGUCGUGCGCACUCAUCGACGACGACUUCAACUGCCACAAGAACGGCCGGCCGGACAGUGACUUCCUCAGGUGGCGGUGGCAGCCGCACGGCUGUGACAUUCCCAGGCUGAACGCGGCUGAGUUCCUGGAGAGGCUGAGAGGGCAGAGGAUCAUAUUCGUCGGUGACUCGCUGAACCGGAACAUGUGGGAGUCUCUGGUCUGCAUCCUUCGUCAUGGUGUCAGGAACAAGAGGAACGUGUAUGAGGCGUCGGGGAAGAACCAGUUCAAGACCAGAGGAUACUACUCCUUCAAAUUCAGGGAGUACAAUUGCUCGGUUGAUUUCAUAAGAUCAAUAUUCCUCGUCAAGCAGAUGAUUUGCGAGGGCAGAAACGGUACUGAAGAUGCAAAGCUGAAACUGGAUGAGCUAGAUGCGACGACUCCAGCAUACCGGACUGCAGACAUCGUCGUCUUCAACACCGGUCACUGGUGGACUCACUACAAAACAUCAAGAGGGCUGAACUAUUACCAAGAGGGCAACCAUGUGUAUCCCAGCCUUGAGGUUUUGGAUGCAUACAAGAGAGCUCUAGUCACCUGGGCUAGAUGGGUGGACAAGAACAUCGAUCCGAGAAGGACUCAGGUUGUAUUCAGAGGAUAUUCACUCUCACAUUUCAGAGGAGGGCAGUGGAAUUCAGGAGGGAGAUGCCACAUGGAGACAGAGCCAAUAUUCAAUCAGACACAUCUUUCUGAGUACCCUGAGAAGAUGGUAAUCUUGGAGCAGGUCUUGAGGCAGAUGAAAACUCCCGUCAUAUACCUCAACAUCAGCGCACUCACCGAUUACCGAAAAGAUGGCCAUCCAUCAGUCUACCGGAUACGUUAUGAUACAGAGGAGGAACGAAUGGCAAUGGUGAAAAGGCAGGACUGUAGUCACUGGUGCUUGCCUGGCGUGCCAGAUACGUGGAAUGAACUGCUGUAUGCUUCGCUGCUUCAGGCAGGCAAAGGCUCCUGGAAAUUGUGA